CGAGAUAUCUUAUCGGUCUCUCCAGGAAAAUGGAUAUGAGUUAGAAAGAACGUGCCAAGGAUCCAACAAAAAUGACGGAUGCUGGGUCUAAUUGAUUAUGAUAUUGUCUCAUGUAGGUAUUCUUGGACAUGGCAGUGCUGGUAGAUGCUCAAGGGGACAUGAUCAACAACAUAGAAUCACAUGUAUCAUCUGCAGUAGACCACGUGCAGUCUGGGAAUGUUGCUCUUCAGAAGGCAAAAAGUCUACAAAAGAGCUCCAGGAAAUGGAUGUGCAUUGCUAUCCUCAUUCUUCUUAUCAUUGUCGCUAUCAUUGUUGUGGGUGUAUUCAAGCCAUGGAAGAGCAACAAGGGUGCUUAAUUCUUCAAGUAUACUAUUCAAACCGUUUUCUUAUAUACAAUCUUUACCAUUCUUUUCUGGAGUCAAAAUUCAGGCGUACAUGCAAAAUUGUAUUUAAUUACUUGUAUUCUUUUAUGCGUAUAAUGUUUUAAUUUGUGAACUACGCACAUUCAUGGUUUUAAUCUCUAUUUUGUAAGAUUGAUUUAUCAUUCUGGAGAUAAAUACAUUUCUUACUUGGUUCGAA